CAAAUGCGAUGCUAGGCCGUCCUUCUCCGCAUUCUCCACGCUUCGGUCGACUGCGCCGUCCGGUGUUCGCAGCGCACACGGGGCCUCAUACUCCGACAUAUACACAAUCGCCCCACCCUCCUCGUCAUGCCUGUGUCUGCGCGCGCUGUACAGUGAUUAACGCACAGUACCUUGCACUGCAUCAGCCAUGUUCGUGCUCCCUCCACCCCCGAGGUACCCUGUUGGCGGCUAUCCCGGCGCACCGCCAGGCCAGCUUAUCGAGACCAACAACAGCAUCGCCCGCCCGACGGGGCCCGAGUACCAAUUGGUCGUGGGAGAGGGCACCUACGUACUUCGCGACGACCUCCAUCUGGCCACCCCGCCGCCGCACCCAUCUGAAGCGCCCGUCCACAAUCCCAACCCACUUGCGACCAACGUAACGCCGCCCACCCAGGGCACCAAGCUGUCACUCGUUGCUCUUGCGCCGCGCCAGCCGUCCUCGACACUGCUCCAGCGACUCGACACGAAGAACAGCACACGGUCGCAGGUCCUGCCGAUCGCCGAACACGACUCCAAUAGCCACACGAGCGAGACUGACUCGCAGGGUGUCAAUGGCUUUGUGUCAGCGCCACUGGAUGGUCUACGGACACCCGUGUUUGGCGCAGGCAAUGCAGCCUUGACCGUUGUGAACGGCAAGGUCUCGAAGGACCCCAGCAAGAGGAACAAGCCCAAGAACAACAUUGUCAAGAGCAACUCGUCGUUCGUGUCCAGAGUUAUCCCACACGAAGCUCUCACAAAGCGCCUGCAAGAACACAACGUCAACGGCCUCUAUGCUUUCGCCAACAUCAAUCGCGCACUGCAGUGGCUGGACCUGACAUCUCCGACCAAGGAGGAGCAUUUGACCAAGAUCCUGUUCACCAAGGCACAUGCGCUGUGUCACGACAUCAACCAGGUCACGAAGGGGCCGAAUCACCUCGACAUUGUUAUGGGCUUUUCGACCGGUGACAUCAUCUGGUACGAGCCUAUGUCGCAGAAGUACUCUCGUUUGAACAAGAACGGCAUCAUCAAUCCAACAGCAGUAUCUGACAUUCGCUGGAUACCAAACAGCGAGAAUUUAUUCAUGGCAGCACACAUGGAUGGAAGUCUCAUCGUAUACGACAAAGAGAAGGAGGACGUCGCCUUUGUUCCCGAGGAUCAGACACCUGACGAGGGCAUGUCUGACAUGGAGCGAAAGACCAGGCUGACAGUAAAAAAGUCCAUUCAGUCGAAGAACCAGAAGGCAAACCCAGUUUCGUACUGGCACGUGUCCAGUUCUAAGAUAAACGCUUUCGAGUUUUCGCCAGAUCGCCGCCAUUUCGCCGUUGUCUCUGAAGACGGUUCGUUCAGGAUCAUCGAUUUCCUUCGGGAAAAGCUGCUCCACCACUAUAUGAGCUACUAUGGCGGCAUGAUGUGCGUGUGCUGGUCUCCUGACGGCAGAUAUGUCGUUACCGGAGGGCAAGACGACCUCGUUUCAAUUUGGUCGCUGGAAGACCGUAUGCUAGUAGCGCGCUGCCAAGGACACAACUCCUGGGUCACAGGCGUGCAGUUUGAUCCGUGGAGAUGUGAUGAGCGCAGUUACCGGAUAGGGAGUGUCGGAGAAGAUACCAGGUUGCUGUUGUGGGAUUUCAGUGUAGGGAUGCUGCAUCGACCACGAGCUGCUUCAUUACGGCCAAGGAACAGCAUGGCGUCGGCGAGCAUUCAGCGCACGCGAACGGAGAGUUCAGCCAGCCGUAUGAGAUCGAACUCCAAUCUGUCAUCAGGGAGCGCACUCGAUGACGAUGAGGUUGUGCAUCCCGUAGAGCCCCGCGCACGCACCGCGAUGCUGCCUCCGGUGUUGACCAAAUCAGUCGACGAACAUCCUCUCACAUGGUUGGCCUUUGAGGAAGAUUGCAUAAUAACAUCGUGCAAGAACGGGCACGUCAGGACUUGGGAUCGACCAAAGGAAGGCUCGUCGACGGACGACAGCUUGAGGACGCGCUCACAGACAGGCUCAAGCGCUGGCAUCUCAUAGACAUACAACACGUGUAGGAGCUGCUUCUUUAUUGGCGGACUUUUGGCGACGAUGGGGCGCUACGAUGAGGCUCUGCGAGCACCUGCAUGCGUUUCGCAGGGAUGGCUGUUUAACGUUUCCUCCCGGGAAGGCCCGAGUCCUCACGUUCUGGAACCGCACGUCACCCACGA